AUGGCACCAUUUUUAAGAGCUUAUACAGUAUAUUCAAAUUCAUACAACUCUUCAAUAUUAUUACUAAGUAGUUUAACCAAAUCGAAUCCAAGUUUUUCAUCUUUCCUUUCAAAAUGUUUAUUAAAACCAGCAUCAAAAGGAUUGAAUUUAUCAAGUUAUUUAAUUAUGCCAAUUCAAAGAAUCCCAAGAUACAAGUUGUUGUUGGAGAAUCUCUUGGCCAAGUCACCAGAGAAUCAUGUCGAUUACGUUGAUCUCAAGGAGGCAUUGACAAUGAUUGGCUCGGUUGCUUCUGAGUUGGACGAACGUCUACUGCAAUUCCAGAUCAAGCACAGAGUAUUGGACAUUCAGAACAGUCUGGUAGGAAUGGACGAAGAUAUUGUAAAGCCAACACGUGUUUUCUUCAAAGAGGGUGAUCUCAAAAAGAUAUCGGAUCGUGUAGUCAACACCCGUCACUUUUUCCUCUUUAACGAUCUGCUUAUCUAUGCCCAAAAGGAAAAGAAGAAUCUCUAUCGUUUCAAACAUUCUUUUCCACUAUUACAAUGUUGGGUUAAAGAUUUACCUGAUACUCCAAGAUUUAAUUGUUUAUUCCAAAUCAUUUCACCAAAUAAAACAUACUUUUUAUGUGCACCAUCGGAGGCAGAUAAACAGAGUUGGAUGAAGAUGUUGAAUGAGGUCAUCACUAAUCUGGUCCAACAGAAUCCAGAUUGUGAAGCACAACGAUCGUCAAUCUUUGAGAAGCGUGGAUCAAUGUCACCGAGUGAGAUUCUCAAGGAACUCGAGAAUUCAAUCCCAACCGAAGAAAAUGAAAAUGAAAUACGUACCAAACCAAUUUGGUUGAAAGAUCAAAUGGUUAAAGCAUGUAUGCAUUGUUCUUCAAGUUUUACUAUGACAAGAAGAAGACAUCAUUGUAGAAAAUGUGGAAAGAUUUAUUGUAAUGAUUGUUGUCCAGUUACAGAUCUCUCACAAUACCUACCAGGAAAGAAAGCUAGAAUUUGCAAAACAUGUUUCGAGGAGAUUUCAGUUCAACUAACCGAAAUGAUGAAUCACCAUUCAUCAUCGGAUGCUCUCGAUGCCAGUCCAAACAACACCUCACCGGCAUCGCUAAACUCUUCAUUUAAUUCACAGUGUUCAAUCGAUGAAGAACCUCCUUCUUCAACUGAACUUAAAUAA